GCAGCACCGAGCAUCGCAUCCUCACACUAGCUUGCCACCUCUUUUCUGCAGGUCUCACGAACCCGUCACAAUGGAGGCCCUCCGUUCAGCCCUCCAACCCAUAACCCACAAUUUGCCUACCCCUAUCGUCGACACCGGCCGCACGCUCCUCGGCCCCUUCUGCUACAAAACCCUCAUCCUAGACAUCGACCCCUUCGCCUCCCCAGACUGCCUCAAACUUGCCAUCUCUAAAGCCCUCGGCAUCGGCAUAAUCGGGGCCUCCUCGAUUGUCAAAAUCCCACAACUCCUCAAACUCCUGAACUCGCAGUCCUCAGAGGGGGUUUCCUUCCUCUCGUACUUGCUUGAAAGCAGCAGCUACCUCAUCUCACUCUCCUACAACAUCCGCCAUGGAUUCCCGUUCAGCACAUAUGGCGAGACGGCGCUGAUCCUUGCGCAGAACAUCGUGAUUGCGAGUCUAGUGUUGAAUUACAGCGGGAAGACGGCUGGCGUUGCAGCGUGGGUCGUUGGCUUGGCUGCGGCCGGGACGGCAUUGUUUCGGGAGGACGUUGUGGAUGUGAAGGCUUUGGCUUGGUUGCAGGCGUUUGCGGGUGUGCUGGGCGUCGCGAGCAAAGCGCCGCAGAUUUUGACGAUUUGGAUGGAGGGUGGGACAGGGCAGUUGAGUGCUUUUGCGGUCUUCAACUACCUCCUCGGCUCCCUCUCCCGCAUCUUCACCACCCUCCAAGAAGUCCCCGACCCACUCAUCCUUUACGGUUUCAUUGCGGGGUUUGCCCUCAAUGCUAUCCUCGCGCUCCAAAUGAUAUGGUACUGGAACAGCCCGUCGAGUAAGAAGACAGUAUCGAAGAAACCCAACAAGUCGAUUGCCGCCGGAGAGAAGAGCAGUUCGGUGAAUAGCACGGGCUUUGCUAAGAAGGCUAAGAGCCCGAGCACUAGGCGGAGGGGAUGAGGGCCUGAUAUGCUGUUUCGGGGAUUUUUAUCCUAGAUUGUAGUUUGCUUAAGGUAAUGGUAAUACAUCCUUGGCUUCUAG